GUCUCCUCGCCAGCUCCAGGGCCUGGCCGGGCCUCCUGCUCUUGCCCCUGUUCCACCGGCUCACUCUCCUCCCCCACCCCUCCCAUGGAGACUCCAGGACUGGUUGUGCACGGAGAGUCUGCGCCCUUUUCCACAGCACUCCGAAGCCUUGUCAACAACCCCCUAUACAGUGAUGUUCGCUUUGUGGUCGGUCAAGAACGGCAGGAGGUGUUUGCCCACCGGUGCUUAUUGGCCUGUAGAUGCAACUUCUUCCAGAGACUUCUGGGCCCAGAACCGGGCCCCGCGGUGCCUAGCCCUGUAGUGCUAAGCACCGUGCCAGCUGACGCCUUCCUGGCAGUGCUGGAGUUCCUGUACACCAACAGAGUCAAGCUGUGCCGCCACUCUGUGCGUUUAUGUGGACGGCUCCCUGCCUCACACUCUGGUCUGGAGAGGAACGUGUACCAAUACAGAGAGAAGUAUGGGUAUCUCUCUCUGUGCCUGGAGUUUGUGGUGAAGGUGCUGGACGUGGAGCUGGUUUGUGAGGCCCUGCAGGUUGCCGUAACCUUUGGUCUGGGACCGCUGCAGGAGCGUUGCAUAGCUUUCAUAGAGGCCCACAGCCAGGAGGCGUUCCGGACCCGCGGCUUCCUGGAGUUGUCGGCGCCCGCGUUGCUGCCCCUGCUGCGCAGCGACAAGCUCUGCGUGGACGAGGCUGAGCUCGUCCUGGCGGCCCGGAGCUGGGCGCGCGUGGGCGCGGCCGUGCUGCAGCGGCCUGUGGCCGAGGUGGCCGCCCCGGUGGUGCGGGAGCUGAGACUGGCCUUACUGGCCCCGGCGGAGCUGAGCGCCCUGGAAGAGCAGAACCGGAGGGAACCGCUCAUCCCGAUGGAGCAGAUCGUGGAGGCGUGGAAGUGCCACGCUCUGCGGAGAGGGGAUGCGGCCCGAGGCGCCCCCUGCCGCCGCCGGAGGGGCACCCUGCCCCGGGAGCAUCACCGCUUUUUGGAUCUGCCCUUUAAGUGACCAAAGGCCGCGACUUGCAGGGAACUCGGGGCUUGUCCCAAACUACAGCCCCCGACCUGCUCGGCGCUGGGAGCGGGCUUUCGCUCCCAGCAUGCCCGGCGAGCGGGGCGCUGCAGGGACCGCUGUCUGCCAUGCGCAGCGCCCUGUGUGGCGCGGGGAGGGGUGGACGUGGACUUGGGCGGGGCCUAGCCUUCCCACCCUGCCAAAACCCAAAAGUUAUUUCCUUGGCGUCAUACCCUGACUCUACCCCGGUCGCUGGGCAGUCCUGCCCUCCCUGUUUACCCUUAUAACCCCCACAAAUCUUUUCAGCUCAGCCCCUCUUUAAUUCCAGACCUGCGUCCUGGAGAUCUCGCUCUAAAUGCCCUACAGACACCUCAGACUCAGUCCAAAAUUGAGCUCCCUCCUCGUCGUUCCCCAGUUCUGCCCCCAUCGUGUUUCUCAUCCCCGUGGGUGUCCAAACCAGAAACCUGGAUCUCAUCCUUGCCUCCUUCUUCUUCCUCACAUGUGCCUCCCGUGGCUUCUAACUUAUAAGAGACUGAGGGUAGCAGAAUAUGUCGCCACAAAAUAUGCCUCUUUGGCGUAAGGAUUAUUUUAAGCUGAUUAUUUAGAGAAACUGGAGAAGCUCUGAAAGAGUAGAAGUUACCCUUUUGAAGGGGAAUUUAUAUUUGUAAGGGAAAUCAUUUGUAAGGGUGUUUCCCUCUUGGUACUAGGAAAAGAAGCAUGACUAACUCAGGAAAGGAUCUAACCGGUGGAGAAGGCACCGCGGAAAUCUGCCUAACCUUACCCUUGCUUACCGUGCUUUUCCUGGUGGCCUCCUCACACUUUUCUUUCUUUUGUCUUUAGCUGAAGAUGGUAUUUAAGCAGGUAUUUUAGGCCACCUCAGGGACUUACUCAUUUUUCCCUGAGUAUCUCCCAUGUAUACAUGUUAAUAAACUUCUGUUUGUCUGUCUCUUGUUAA